UUUAACUGCGCAAAAGUACUGUGUGGUGACGGAUGCCCAAGGUAGCCUACAGAACUUUCUAAAUGUGUGUUACGCACAGAGAUGGGACAGCUUUAAACGUGAUUCAAUUCCUUGGAAGCACGAAGUAUUAAUUUCGUUUCUUGUUUUUCAACAGUGACUGGAUAGUGGCUGUGAUUUGAUCUGCGUUAGAGGAAAGGAAUAAGCGGACGUCUCCCUGCUGCGUAUUUUUUGGAGCGCUCUUUUCCUCGGAUCCAAGUCGAACCGCCGAGGGGGUCCAAACAUGCAGGCUCGCUACUCCGUCUCCAGUCCCAACUCCCUGGGCGUCGUUCCCUACAUCAGCGGCGACCCGAGCUACUACCGGGCCGCUGCGGGUGGCGGGUACACCGGGAUGCCCGCACCGAUGAACAUGUACUCUCACGCGGCCCACGACCAGUACCCAGCGAGCAUGGCGCGGGCGUAUGGACCGUACACGCCUCAACCCCAGCCCAAGGAUAUGGUGAAACCCCCGUACAGCUACAUCGCGCUCAUCACCAUGGCUAUCCAGAACUCGCCUGACAAGAAGGUGACCCUCAACGGGAUUUAUCAGUUCAUCAUGGAGCGGUUCCCGUUUUAUCGCGACAACAAGCAGGGCUGGCAGAACAGCAUCAGACACAACCUGUCUCUUAACGAGUGUUUUGUCAAAGUUCCCCGCGAUGACAAGAAACCCGGCAAGGGGAGCUACUGGACGCUGGACCCAGACUCGUACAACAUGUUCGAGAACGGAAGCUUCUUGCGCAGAAGACGACGGUUCAAAAAGAAGGACGCCAUGAAGGAGAAGGAGGACCGACUGCAGAAGGACACGCCGGCCAGGCAGCAGGGCCAGGGUCGGGACGCAGAGCAGCCGGUGCAGGGCUCCCAGCCCGUGAGGAUCCAAGACAUCAAGACGGAGAACGGCAACGUGACACCGCCGCAGGCCGACUCGCCCUCCCUGAGCACCGUGCCCAAAAUAGAGAGCCCAGAUAGCAGCAGCAGCAUGUCCAGCGGAAGCCCCCAGAGCAUCCCGUCCAACAGGUCCAUCGUCAUGGAAAACACGGAGCACCACCAGCAGCAUCACCAGCAGCAACAACAGCACCACCACGGCCAGGCCUCCAGCCAGGGCUUCAGCGUGGACAAUAUCAUGACCUCCCUGCGUGCGUCACCCCAAGGCGCGACCGAGCUGCCCCCGGGCCUCAUAGCCUCCAGCAGAACCCCAGGUAUCACCCCGUCGUUGUCCUUGAACUACUCCCCCAACCAGACGUCCGUCUAUAGCGCCCAGUGCAACCAGAACUCUAUCUCCUCUACCUCCAACGCGACGUAUCACUGCAACAUGCAGGCCAUGAGUUUAUACGCCGGGGACAGAUCGGGCCACCUGGCCGCUCCGAGCACCACCGUGGACGACACAUUGCCCGAUUACUCGAUCAGCACGUCCGCCUCCUCCCUGGGCCAUGGGAACCUGAAUUCCGGCCAGGACGGAGGCCAUCACCCGCACCAGGGGCGGCUCACCUCCUGGUACCUGAACCAGGCCGGGGACCUCGGCCACCUGGGGGCCGCCUACCCGGCCCAACAGCAGAACUUCCACUCCGUGAGAGAAAUAUUCGAGUCCCAGAGAAUCGGCCUGAAUAAUUCACCCGUCAAUGGGAAUAACAGCUGUCAGAUGUCGUUUCCCACCAGCCAGUCUAUCUAUCGCACCUCGGGAGCUUUUGUAUAUGACUGCAGCAAGUUCUGAUGAGCAGAAUGGCUUCUUUCAUUGCUGACUGACUCUUGGAGUGAAACCCCAGAAUAAACUGUUCGUUCACGGGCCUCUGCUUGGGACUAGUAUGAAACGAUAUGCUCCAGCAAGAGACACAAAGACUUGAUUUUUGGUUUAAAGAACAGUGUUACUGCAAAUAACACGUAAGUCUCUUCUUGCUUUUGCGGCCUUUGCGUUAUGUGUUGAGGAUAUGUGAACUUUCGUGGACAUAUUCGUGUAAAUUGCCUAUAGUAAUUUAUUUCUAAACUGUAGCCAGAUAAUAUGGACCAAACACCAAAGAAGUGUUUCGAAAUUGAAUGGCCUUAAUUGUCCACCAAAAUUGUUCCAUUAUAUGGGAAUAAGGAACAUGUAUAUCACCGUACUAUUUCAAAAAAAAUCUUCAUUUGUUAAAAAGUUAUUGAAGGACUUGCAUUGUUUGUUUAAUAAAUUGUAAUUUCAUGUGAGUUUACGUUACGACUGAUUUUUUUUAACGUUUUUUUUUAACAAGGGCUAGUAUUUUUUACAAUGAACUUUAUGGUAAACACUAAACACAAUUUUAAGACGGUUUUCGAGUCCAGUCACAAUUGAAGAAAGCCAUUAUUAAUGAAUGCGUAUUGGCUUUAUCAAGGCAAAUAUCGUUGGCUACUGUCUGCAGAUAUAAUUUAUAUAAAAUAUUAUUAAACUGUAUUUCUACCUGAAAAAUAACCCUGUGUUUCACUUGUUACACUGCAUUAGUCAGGCUACCCAUAGGAGGCAUGUGUGAAGCCGACCUCGCCAUACAUCCAUCAUAUUUCCCAUUAAUGUGAAGUAUCAACCAAAUACAUGCUACCGUAUAAAUGAACGUCACUGGGGUAUAUCUCCGUUUUUUAAGGGUUAGUUAUUAAUAUUGGAAAGUGGUAUAUUUGUGCUUGUGUCAGAUUAUGCAGACGACCUGACAUGAGGUUGACCCCGGGCCCUCUCGCCUCAUAACAACGCUUCUAGACAUGGCCUACUAAAACACCCAACACAAACGUUUGUUUGGAUGGCCACGUGUAUUUAGGAGCGCAUUCCUCUGCUUCGUAAAUAUCGUACUCCUGGUGCCAAAGAUAGGCCUGAUGUCACUCGAGUAUGGCUUCUCCAUGGAUUCCAGUUUCCAUUUCGUUUUAUAGGUAACCGCUUGUUAAGAAGGUAAAUCAUUUUUGAGGAUAAAACGACAACAUUGUGUCGUGCACAUCGCCAGAUGGUUUAAUAGUACUAAUAGCCUACUUGUUAGUUGGUAUUAAAAAAAAAUGGUUUGCAUAUUUUGUUUCACUGCUGUAAUGUAGGCCUAAUUGUUUUUAUAUCAUCUCGUAAAAGCGCAGAUGCACAUUUACAAAUGCACUUGGCCUACAGGCUUAUUGGUAGUCCUAUAUUGUGGAAUUAAAAACAUAAUCCACUUUAUUCAACGUUGUGUUUAUACCAAACUGGUUAUAUUUAUAUUAUUUAGAAUUAUUUAUAUAUUACGUCUAGAAUAAUCAAUUAUUUUCAAUGAUAAUCUAUUUGCAAACCUGUCUUCCUGUUAAUUAGUAAGUUUAUGUUUACUUUCUGCCAGCUUCGAUUUUUAUACAUCCGCCCAUGCCAACGACGACGUUGAUGAUUAGGAUAAUACAAUAAUAUUAAUAAUAAAAAAUAAUAUCAAUAAAUUAACAACAAUAAUAAUAAUAACAACAAUAAUAAUAAUAUUAAUAAUAAUACUGAAAAUAAAGAAGUAUAUCCAUGAAAACGAUAUUCCGGUAGCUAAUAAACAAAAUCGUUUUAAUCGUAACAUGCAGGCCUUCACAAGUCAACAGUGCUGAAGCAGGGAUUUACUGCUGGCUGGCUGUCGUGUACCACUGGUCUAUAGGGAGGCCUGUAGAAUAGCAACAUCACCCAAGACUAAUCUGUUUGCUAAUAAACAGUAAAAAACAACAACAUUAUUAUAAUUAUACAACAGUAAACUUCUCCCAAAUCGUCAUUACAAAGUAGUGUUUACCACGUCAGUGGUAAAAAAAAUACAAAAAAAAUUACAAAUGUAAUUACAAAUUACAAAUGUAUCAAUCAAUAAUGUUGAAUAAUAUUUUGAAGUAGUAGGCCUAACACAAAAAAUGCCACUCAGGUUCCUUUCCUCUCUUGCGUAACAUCACGGUAAUCAGACUCAGAAAGUCAUUAGAUCCGUUCCCAAGCAGGCCCAAUAAACAAACGUCGUGUUAGCCCAGAGAUGAAUUGCGCCCUCACAGAACAGAGCAGGUCAGGAAGGAAUAAAAUUCAAUCAGGGCCCUGGAACCAUUCUUCAUGGGACGGAAAAGGCCGAGUGGGAGACGGGGUCAAUUAGGAGGAUGUGUGCGGCCGGAGACCUUAUCAACAAUCAAACAGGACAUAGUGCAGUGUGUGCCCACCGCAAUAUUUGGUUUCACUGUACGACCUUUUUAAGUACAUAGGCCUACAUGAUUGAUGUUUAUUGAAUCUAGGUCUAUUUUGUACUCCAUAACCUAUAUUUUAUUUGUAUUAUUUUUAAUAAUUCAGAUUGCGACCAUCCGUUCAUUUAAUUGGUUUAACAUGCCUAUGCACUGGAAUUGGAUUUAAAUUGUAUCACGUUCUUUAAAUUAGGACAACACGUGAACUGAUGUGAAUGGAUAGGCUACUUUAACUAUUGCUUGCAAUACGUGAACUGUUGUGACUUGGAUUCUUUAACAAAGUGCAAUACGUGAACUGGUUUGAAUUGGUUUAACAUGCGUCUACAUAUGAAUUUAAUCUAAAAUGCAUCAGAUUCUAUAGCUAAAUACAAUCCGUGAACUGGUUUGAAUUGUUUAACUAACUACAAUACGUGAGCUGGUGUGGCCAUGGUAUGUGGCCACAAUUCUCGCGUAACCAGCCGUUCAUAUUCCCUGUAAACGUUCCGCUACAUUCCUGGAAAUGCAAAGCCUCGCAUGGCGUCACAACCUCCUGUCACCCGGUGCAGGAGCCUGGUUGACUGGGCUCAACCACCACACUUGCCUGGGAACGGUCCAAACGAUAUGAGGACAGUAUUGUUAUUAUAUUAUUAUUACUUCAACUAUUAUUUUAUUAUUAUCAUCAUUAUGUUUACUAUUAUUAUCCAUAUUAAUAUUACGACAUAGCCUAUUAAUGACGUUGUAGUGAGGGCCUUUUAGCCUACGAUAGGCUACGAAAUGACCCUUGAUAUUAUUCGCGUGCAGGGAAUCUAGGACGUCUGUUGCUGGUCGUCAGAACUUUGUUAAAGGAUUUUGGGCGUCAAAUAGAAAGUUAUGAGUCGAAGGUGUUCUAUAGGCCUACUCUUAUGGAACUUUUAUUAAAACAUAGGCCUACUAUACUGCUACACACACAGGGUCUGAAUGGAUAAUGGCUUUGAAUUAAGACGAGGAAUAACAUUGCACUGCUUUGUACAUAUCUCAUUGCAUGCUUUGUUUUAUUCCAUAUGCGAAUUUGAAAUGGCUUCAAAUCUGAUCUCAAUUAGUGCUUUAAGCUUCGGUGUUUGAUUUUAAUUGUAAAUAUAUUUUCAGUGUCACAAACAGCACUUCAUCAACAGGCCUAAUACAAAUAAAAUACCAAUAAAACUAUUAAUACACUAAAUUGCAGGCUGUAAUUCACCAGGAGUGGUGGACACAGACCCACGUUAGAGCGGUGCACCUGCAGGCCCAUGCCGCAGAGGAACACGCAGGCUCGGGUAUGCGGGCUAUAGGCCCCCGCUCAGCGCCAUGUGUUUCCACUCAGGGGCCACAGACGAGCUUUGUCUGGUCUGCAGCCCAACAAGUGAAAGGUUGGAGGGCCAACACACUUGUCUCUUUAGAUGCAGAAUAACGCGCUUCGUGUUGUUGUCUUCACUCUCCCGGGUCGUCAUUCCCCCAAAGUGAAAUAACAAUUAGAUAUAAAGUCAUUUGUCCUGUUUUCAGCUUCUCAACAAAGCAGAGUAGGUCAAUUGACAUUUUGAUCUAUAAUUCCGAGAAGAAAAAUCGAAUUUGGGUUCAGUUUAUUUUAAACUUUUGUUACACAGUUUCACAAUUUAAUGAUCCGAUUAAAAGCGGUGUACA